AUGAAAAAAGUUGAUUAUGAUCUAUUAGUGAUUGAUAAAAUCAAUAUGAUCUAAUAUCGCAAAAUAAUUAGAUGCAGUUAAGAUGCUUCAGUACAUCAUUUAAAAUAAAAACUAUCCUCAAACAUCAAAUGUAGCUUCGCAAUUAUUUUUAAUGAAGAGAUUCUAACUGAAGGAAUGCCUCUCAAAGAAAUAUUUUCUAAGCAUAUAUAGAAUUGCAUCCAUCUCAAUUUUAUAGAAGAGCCUAUACCUGAUUAGAUAAAAAGACCUUAAUAUCAACCCAAGUAGUGUUUAAAGAAAAUGCCACAAGAUGAGUAUCAAGAAAUCUAAAUUGAUCAAUUCUAACUAAGCAAAAUUUUACAAAGUUAAGAGCCAAUUAUAAUUGAUGUAGAUCAAAAGUCUCCUAAAUGUUGCUUAUCUUGUUAAACAAAAAAAUAAAUUCUUUCUAAUUAUUAAGUUUCCAUUGAAAGUCUCUUAGAAGAAAAUGCUGAAUUAAAACAAUAAAUUUCAGAAUUAGAAAAAUAAAAUAGAAUCAGUAUUUAUAAUCAAAAAAUAGAAAAAUUAAAAUAAAAAAAAUGA